AAGUUCAGGGUGAAAUGUAUAAGAGCGCACUGUGAAGUAUAAGAGCGGUAUACAGGUCAAAGAAGAAGAAGAAAAAGAUGACAUCAAGAUCAAGCUUAGAAAAAUAAUAUGGAAGCAAUAAAAUAAGGAAAUUAUUGUGCUACAUUGUAUUAUAGUGAGCAAAUAUAGUGUAAUCCCAUGGAAAAGUAAAGAGUUUCGAUAAGCAAGAGGACCUGUGAAGCGGUACAAAGCAAUACAGGGUAAAAGAAGAAGAAGAAGAAGGUGGGACGCGGGAGAGUCAGUCGUCCAGCACGCACACCAUGAAUCAGCUUCAGCCACCCGAGGACUUCCCAUUUCCGUUCCCUCCAUAUGACAUCCAGAAGGAUUUCAUGAAGAAGUUGUUCUCUGUAUUGAAUGAGGGCCAACUUGGGAUAUUUGAGAGUCCAACAGGAACAGGGAAGUCAUUAAGUCUCAUCUGUGGGGUGCUGACCUGGCUCAAGCUCCACAAUGACCAUUACAAGGCUGAGCUCCUACAGAAGAUAGAAGAUGCAAAAAAGACAGUUGAUGAGGGUCCAGACUGGUUUGCUGCUGCUACCAAGAGGAUAAUGGAAAAAGGGGAAGCUGAAAGGUGUCAAAAGGAGUUAGAAAUUAUAAAGAAACAAGAAGAGCGAGUAAAUGCCCUGAAGGAGCACCGCAAACUGGUCAAGAAUUCCAGAAUACAGAAGCUGAAUGAUGAGUUUGAUGAUUUGUUCCAAGACUUGCAUGAGGUUAAGGAGGACAUUAGCCGUGAAUUAAAUGCAAUCAGAGGCGAGAAUAUGCUACCUCCUGAGGAAGAGACACUAUUGCUGGAUAACUAUGACAGUGAUUGUGAAGGAGAAGGGAAACCUGAACCCGAGGAAGAUUCAGAUCAAGGCUGUUUAAAGAUCUUUUACUGCAGCCGGACGCACUCCCAGCUUUCCCAGUUUGUGAGAGAGAUUCAGAAAACCGUGUUUGGAAAGGAGGCUCGCGUAGUUUCCUUGGCCUCACGUCAGAAUCUGUGUGUCAACGAAGAUGUCAGCAAACUGCCCAGUAUAUCCCUCAUUAAUGACAGGUGCUUGGAUCUGCAGAGAGGGAAAAAAAACAAAGUCACCAAGCAGGAAGGCAAUGGCAACCCCAGCAAGAAGAAGCGGACGUCAGCUGGCUGCCCAUAUUAUCGUCAAAGUGCUGUAGAUGCCUUGGUUGAUCAGGUGCUGCUGGAGGUGCAGGACAUUGAGCAACUGGCGACCCUUGGCAGGAAGACGAAUAGCUGCCCAUACUAUGCUUCCAGACAUGCUGUGAAAGAUGCUCAGGUAGUGGUUCUGCCCUACAACAUGCUGCUCCAUCGUGGUACAAGAGAAGCCUCGGGCAUCAAACUCAGUGGUAAUGUGGUGAUCAUAGAUGAGGCUCACAACCUUCUUGAGACUAUCUCCAGCAUCCACUCAGUGUUUCUCUCUCUGCGGCAGCUCCAAGGAGCUCAUGCCCAGCUGAGCCAGUACCUUCAUCGUUACACCAAGAGGCUCUCCCCCAAGAACUUGCUCUACAUCAAGCAGAUUCUCUUCUUCAUGCAUUCCCUCAUCAAGAUGCUGAAUGAAGGUUCCAGGGAUGGAAAGAGUGCCAUGCCUGCGUCCACACCCACAUCCAGGAUGCUGGCAGUGCACCAAUUUUUAGCAGAGACUCUAACUGACAAACUUAACUUUUUCAAGUUAGUUCAGUACAUUGAGAAGAGCAAGAUUGCCCACAAGCUCCACUCCUUCAGUCAGCAUUUUGAGGGUUCUGUUAAGGUCAGUCAGCCGUGCAAGAAGCAUGCUGUUACCUCACCAACUACCUCCACCUCUUCUUUCCUAGCCAAGUUGUCUGCCAGUAAACAUGUGCCGGCUAAGCUUAAAGGAGAAGACAAUCAAGGAGAGAUGAACAAGAAAUUUGAAGAACAGAAGGAAGAGGAAGAAGUGGUAAUGGGAUCCCCACUGAUGCAAGUCCUAGAGCUCUUGAAGGCUUUACAACAUCCCACGGCAGAUGGAAGAGUUGUGGUGACUAUGAGCUCCACCCCAUGCCACUCAUCCAUCAAAUAUAUGCUCCUUAAUCCUGCCUCACAUUUCCAUGAUAUUGUCACUAAGUGCAGGUCCGUGGUGGUGGCUGGGGGCACCAUGCAGCCCUUCAGUGAGUUCCGGGACCAGCUGUUUCUUUCAGCUGGAGGAGAAGCAAGCCGUGUCCAGAAUUUUUCUUGUGGCCAUGUGAUUCCUGCUAACCAGUUACUCCCUGUUGCACUUCCUCAAGGACCCACUGGUGUCACUCUUGACUUUACAUAUCAACAUAGAGCCGACCCCAAAGUGCUUGAUGAACUGGGCCGAGUGUUGGUGAAUGUGGUCACAGUUGUGCCUGGUGGGGUGGUGUGUUUCCUCCCAUCUUACGAGUAUGCAAGGAAGGUGUUUUCUUACUUUGCCUCCUCUGGUGUCCUGACAAGACUUUCUGCCAAAAAGAAGGUAUUUCAAGAACCAAGGAAAUCUAAUCAGUUGGAUGCAGUGCUGAAUGAAUAUUCAAAAAACAUCAAUCUGACAGCCUCCAGCACCAGUGGGGUUACUGGCAGCCUGUUGUUUAGUGUUGUAGGAGGAAAAAUGAGUGAGGGGAUCAACUUCAGUGACGAGUUAGGCCGAUGUGUUGUGAUGGUUGGACUGCCCUACCCAAACACUCACUCCCCUGAACUAAAGGAGAAGAUGCUCUACCUCAACAGGAAUGUGUCCACAGGUUUGGAAGGGAAGACAGCAGGAUCAGUCUUCUAUGAAAACCUGUGUUUUAAAGCUGUCAACCAAUCCAUAGGGCGAGCCAUCCGUCAUAGACAGGACUAUGCCAGCAUCUUGUUGCUGGACCAUCGCUACUGCCGACAGUCUUCCAUCCAGGCGCUGCCAAGCUGGAUCUCAAAACAUCUCUGUGUCACAAAAAGAUUUCCAGAAGCCUUCAGUCUUCUGAGAAAGUUCUUCGUAGAGAAACGAUUGGUGGCAGCAGUGUCAGAUGCUGUGUAGAUGAUGUACGUCUUGACUGGCACAAGUUAUGUACAUUCUCUUCAUCAGCAUUCAAAAAUAAGUCAUUACAAUAAACAAAACACUGUUUGAAAUUUUGAUAUUUAUUUAAUGAAUGUUAAGCUUUUUUAAAAUGUCAAAAUUAUGAUUCUUGAUGUUGUUGAAUAAAAGACAUUCAUUA